AAAAACUGACGUUCGAGCAAAGCGAAAAAAAAAUUACGCUACAAAGCAAUUAAAAUGAGCAUUCCGCGCGGGGGCAAUAGCGGCGGCGGCAGCACUUCGCUCGAUUUAACCCCAUUGCUCGAUGCCAGCAACAACAGCGAUGAUAGCGAUCAAGAAACGGGCGGCAAACCAAAUGGAGGCGCCCAGCUGAAUACCUCCUCCAGUGUUAGCUCCAAGGAACUGCGUAGUAGCCAUCGGGAUAGAGAGCGAGAGGAAGCGGAUGCGGCAAUAUUUGUGAAGAAGGUUGGCAGCGCACUCUUCUAUGGCAUCGCCUCGUUUAUGAUCACCGUCGUCAAUAAGACCGUCCUCACGUCUUAUCGCUUUCCCUCGUUCCUCUUUCUGAGUCUGGGUCAGCUAACGGCCAGUAUUAUAGUGCUCGGAGUUGGCAAACGACUGAGGCUAGUCACGUAUCCGCCCCUGCAGCGAAAUACGUUUGCGAAGAUCUUUCCACUGCCCUUGAUCUUUGGCUUCAAUAUGAUCUUCGGCCUUGGAGGCACUAAAGCGCUCAGCUUGCCCAUGUUCGCUGCUUUGCGUCGCUUCUCCAUCCUGAUGACGAUGCUGCUGGAGCUGAAGAUACUUGGAGUAAGGCCGACGACGGCAGUACAAAUUAGCGUUUAUGCUAUGAUCGGUGGCGCUUUGAUAGCCGCCUCCGACGAUCUGUCAUUCAAUAUGCAGGGCUACACGUACGUGAUGAUCACCAAUGCGCUGACAGCCUCGAACGGCGUGUUUGUAAAAAAGAAACUGGACACCUCGGAGAUCGGAAAAUACGGAUUGAUGUUCUACAAUUCGCUGUUCAUGUUUGUGCCUGCCUUGUUGCUCAACUAUGUGACGGGCGAUCUCCAAAAGGCCAUCGAUUUCGCCAGCUGGAACGAUCCGGCAUUUGUUGUGCAAUUUCUCCUCAGCUGUGUGAUGGGCUUUAUCUUAUCACACAGCACAAUUCUGUGCACCCAGUUUAACUCUGCGCUAACAACGACAAUUGUCGGUUGCCUUAAGAACAUCUGUGUCACCUAUUUGGGCAUGUUCAUUGGAGGAGAUUACGUAUUCUCGUGGCUCAACUGCAUUGGCAUCAACAUCAGCGUAAUGGCAAGCCUUCUCUAUACGUACGUCACAUUCCGACGGAAGCAGGCUCCCGAUAAGCAAGCCCACUUGCCCAGCUCUCGAGGAGAGAGCGUCUAGUCGAAGAUUAAUCAGUGAGAGAGCCUGCUGCCAAAGCCAUAAAAACUUCAUGUAGAGCGUCGAGCAACGACUAGAUUAAGAGAACAACUAAACACUAUAAAGAAGCACACAUUGUAUACAGCAAAACUAUAAAAUGUACAUAUGUAGUUAUGGAUUUAAAUAUUAUAUAUACUUGAGCAUAUAUGUAUAUGCAUAUUUGUAAGCACUUAUGUUAUUUAAAUGUCUUUGUAAAUUGAAUCACACUCGCGCAAUUCAUAAUGUUAGUGUCAUAAAAGAGCAACACAAACC